AUGAAGGCCGCUUUCUUCAACAUUGCUGCCCUGGCAUUCGCUGCCGUUUCUGGUGCUGCCGCCAAUCCUGCCCCAAUGGGGAUGUCAGUUGACAUUUUCGAGCGUGACGGUGUGCUUGAAGUCCGUGAAGUUCCCCGCGCUGAGGCUGGCAUUCAAUGCAGAGAGUGCGUUCAUCUCGGUGGUCGCUGCACCAUUGGCGAUGGUAGCUGUUACGCUUCUGAGCAUGCCAGUUGCCGUUGGUGUGGAAAUCACUGCAAGUCUAGAUGUAUUGGAGAUGGACAGACCUGUGAGCAGUGGUGUCUUUAA